UUGAUACAGAGUGGGUUUAACUCUAAACCCUUGUUCACUGAAGUUAGAAAUGUAUUGCAUUGGUCAUUUUAAGACCAGAUUGGCACCAGCAUCAAAAUAGUGACAGGCAGUUUGGAAUGCCAUAGUCUAUUAUGUACUCGGAGUAUUUCUAUUAAAGAAGACAAGAACCUGGCAGAGAUUUUUGUCCUCAUCUUCACCAACUGCAAAAUCAAAAGUUAAGAAACAGCGUCUCAGGACACUUUUUAGGUGGCAUAGGAAGAAUCUAGAGGAUGGCUCUAAAUGAUUGCUUCAUUCAGACCGUGCCCUGCAACAUCUCCAACCACAGUAUGGAUCUUCCCGUGAACGAGGACUGGUUCCACCGGGGCAUCCUCUAUGUCAUCCCUGCAAUUUACGGGGUCAUCAUUCUGAUAGGCCUCACUGGCAACAUCACACUGAUCAAGAUCUUCUGUACCGUGAAGUCCAUGAGAAAUGUACCAAACCUGUUCAUCUCCAGCCUGGCUUUAGGAGACCUGCUCCUCUUGGUGACCUGUGCUCCGGUGGAUGCCAGCAGGUACCUGGCUGACCGAUGGCUAUUUGGGAGGAUUGGCUGCAAACUGAUCCCCUUUAUACAGCUUACCUCAGUGGGGGUGUCAGUCUUCACACUCACCGCUCUCUCAGCAGACAGGUACAAAGCAAUUGUCCGGCCAAUGGAUAUCCAGGCCUCCCAUGCCCUGAUGAAGAUCUGCCUGAAAGCUGCAUCGAUCUGGAUCAUCUCCAUGCUUCUGGCCAUCCCAGAAGCUGUGUUUUCUGAUCUACACCCUUUCCACGAGGAAAGCACCAAUCAGACCUUCAUUAGCUGUGCACCAUACCCACACUCUAAUGAGCUGCACCCCAAAAUCCACUCCAUGGCUUCCUUUCUGAUCUUCUACAUCAUUCCGCUGUCCAUCAUUUCUGUCUACUACUACUUCAUUGCUAAAAAUCUGAUCCAGAGUGCUUCCAAUCUGCCUGUGGAAGGGAAUAUACACGUCAAGAAGCAGAUCGAAUCCCGGAAGCGCCUUGCCAAGACGGUGCUGGUGUUUGUGGGCCUCUUUGCCUUCUGUUGGCUCCCCAACCAUGUCAUCUACCUGUACCGCUCCUACCACUACUCCAAGGUGGACACUUCCAUGCUCCACUUCGUCACCAGUAUCUGCGCCCGCCUCCUGGCCUUCACCAACUCCUGCGUCAACCCCUUUGCCCUCUACCUACUUAGCAAGAGUUUCAGAAAGCAGUUCAACACCCAGCUCCUUUGUUGCCGACCUGGCCUGCUGACCCGGUCUCACAGCACCGGCAGAAGUACCACCUGCAUGACCUCCUUCAAGAGUACCAACCCUUCCGCGGCCACUUUCAGCCUCAUCAAUGGCAACAUCUGUCAUGAGGGGUACGUCUAGACUGAACACUGCCCCUGCCCCCCAGUCCCCCUGAUUUUGCUUUGUGGCUGGUAAGAAACCCUCACAUCUGUCGUUGUCUCUGUAACCUCUAAAGACCCCCUGUGGUGCUCAGGAGUGGUAUAGGCUGGCUGGGGACAGGCCUAAAUGGAUCACUGUUAACGUUCGAAGGGCCCAUCAAGGUUUACCUUUCUCAUUUCAACUUGUGAAUGCUUCUCCUGAUAGGAGGGAAAAAGGCAAAGUGUACUUUUUUUUAAAGAAAAAGAACCAAACAGAAAAUUACUAUUCUAAGCAUCAAUUUCUGACAUACAGGCGUGGCCAAUCAAGUCAUAGAAACUAGAUGAAGAACCAAAUUUAUAUAGCAGAUCAGAUUAUAUAUCAGAUGUCCACUUCGUGAAAGACUUCACCUUGUCAUUUCUUUGAGCAAGAGCUAGUGCUUUAGAAAAUAUGACUUGAGUGGUGUUUCAGGAAUAUUUCUAGUCACGAAGAAAGAGACUCUGUUGACACUUAUAAUAUGAAGGACAGUGCCCACGUUAAUAACACUGGAAGCCAUUUUAAGACAAAUUCAAGUGUUGUACAUUACUGAGGACAUAGGAGAAACAUUUGAGAUACUAUUUUAAGGCAAAACCACAACCAAACACAUAGACAUGUAUGUAAAGAUCCAUGUGUGGCUAUGGAAACCUCUCACAUUCUGACUAACUUCAUGAAAGUCCUUUUUGCCAUUGCCCACUUGCCAUCAGUUCCACUGCAGAAGGAAAAAUUCUUUUGGGGGAAGAUCGAUCAUGAUAUUGAUUCCUCAAACAAUACAAGAGCGUAAAGUAUAAUGUUUAUUUUUAGUGUACAAGAGUCUCAGUCAAAUGUACUUAUUUCGAUUUGGAUGUCCUUGUCUGCGUUGAAGCGGUAGCUUCCCAAGAGGGAGAAAAAGGAUCACAUCUGGGUGAAAAGAGGAACAUGUUACAUUAAAUCAGUGCUUCACCUGAAGUAAGUGGGAGGAAAUGAAUACAAUUUCAAUGACAUGGAUUUCUAUCUGAAUAUGUAAAACACAGCUCUGGGGAGCUUAGCUUUAAAAACUGAUUAAAAAUAGCUACAGAUAUAUUAAGUUUCUACUCAAGAACAAUGUUUACAAAGCAGCCCAUGUGCAGAAAAAUGCUGAAUUGUAAUCUUCUGAGUAAAAGGAUUUGACUAUCUUACUUUAGAAACCCG